CCACCCCUGCGCGUUAACAGUGAUUUCGGCUCAGGGGCAUGAAAAACUAGGUGGGCUUUGCGGGAAGGGGGCGGGAAGCUUGUUUCCUCCUCUCUCCCUCACUUCCUCCCCCUCCAAGGCUCCCCCUCCUGGUGAUGUUGACUGAGCCGGUGUGUCUGAGCUGAGCUGAGCUGAGGUGGGUGGCAGCAGCCGGUGCAAAAAAAAACAGGAGCUCAAAGGGAGACUGGGCUGGAGGGAGAGACAGCAACACACACACACAGAGGAAGCUGGAACAGGAUUAUUAUCAGAGUCAGACCAGAGACUGAGUGAGACAGAGAGAGCUGUCGCCCCACUGGCAGCAGUAUUUCUCUAUUUAUGAUUUACUCUGGCAUUGAGAAGGCGGAAGAAGCGGCUGUCAUCAUUAGUUUUUUUUUGCUUGUAUUUUAAUUAUUUGCCAACCGGGCUGUGAAUGAACUGGACCAUGUUUGGGCUCCUUCCACGCAGGAUAACGGCGCUUUUCUGGAUUGUCAUCAGCAGCAGCAGCGUGGGACUGGCAGCAUCCCAGAAAUGCGAUGAGCCACUGAUUGUCGCACUUCCCCACUCUUCCUUCAGUAGCUCAUCGGUGAUGUCAGGCAGCUAUGUCCCUGGCUAUGCUAAACUGAACAAGAGAGGAGGUGCUGGUGGCUGGUCCCCUCUGGAUUCUGAUCAUUAUCAAUGGUUGCAAAUAGACUUUGGAAACAGAAAACAGGUCACGGCUGUAGCAACACAAGGCAGGUACAGCAGCUCAGACUGGGUGACACAGUACAGACUACUUUAUAGUGAUAAAGGGAGGAACUGGAAACCUUACCACCAGGAUGGCAACAUCUGGGCCUUUGCAGGAAACACAAACUCAGAUGGAGUAGUGAGACAUGAUUUACAGCAUCCAAUUACAGCACGCUAUGUACGUUUAGUACCACUGGACUGGAAUGGUGAAGGUCAUAUUGGGUUGAGAAUUGAAGUCUUUGGUUGCCCCUACUGGGCAGAUGUUAUUAAUUUUGAUGGCUACAGUCCAUUAUCCUAUAUGUUUAGAAAUAAGAAAAUGAAAACGUUAAAGGAUAUUAUUUCACUGAAGUUUAAAACAUCUGAAAAUGAAGGUGUUAUAUUCCAUGGCGAAGGACAACAAGGAGACUAUAUAACCCUUGAAAUCAAAAAAGCAAAGCUGGUUCUUCGGGUGAACUUAGGUAGCAACCAACACAGUUCUAUCAAUGGUGACACCUCUGUUACAACUGGAAGCCUUCUGGAUGACCAUCAUUGGCACUCAGUGAUCAUUGAACGCUAUGGACGCAAUAUCAAUUUUACGUUAGACCGAGAGACUCAACAUUUCAGGACUAAUGGUGAAUUUGACCACUUGGAUCUUGACUAUGAGCUCAGUUUUGGAGGAAUGCCAUUUUCUGGAAAGCCAAGUUUCAAUGGAAAGAAUUUCAAAGGCUGCAUGGAAUCUAUAAAUUAUAAUGGAAUUAAUAUCACUGACCUUGCCAGGAGAGGAAAACUAGACACAUCUAAAGUGGGUAAUCUGAGUUUCUCCUGUGUGGAAUCUCGUGCUGUACCUGUGUUUUUUAAUAGCAGCAGCUAUUUGCUGUUGCCUGGACACAUGAACCAGGACUUGUUUUCCAUCAGCUUUAUGUUUCGGACAUGGAAUCCCAACAGUCUACUUUUAUUCAGCAAAUUUGCCCCAGGUUAUGGAAUGGUGGAAAUUAACCUCAGUGAUGGAAAAAUCAGCAUUAACAUCAGCAUCAAUCAGACAAAGAUGAACAGCAUUGAGAUGUCUGCAGGUUUUGGGCUCAAUGAUGGUCAGUGGCACACAGUACAAUUUCAUGCCAAAGAAAAUUCUGCAAUUCUCACUAUUGAUGGUGAUGAUGCCUCUGCCGUACGGACAAAUAGUUCAAUGCAAAUCAAAACUGGAGAUCAAUAUUUUUUUGGAGGUUACCCAGUUCUACCGAACAACACAAAACCGAGUCUCUCUCGGCGUUCCUUUCAAGGCUGUAUGCAACUUCUUCAUGUGGAUGAUCAACUGGUUGACUUACAUGCUGUUGAGCAAGGAAAACUGGGGCAGUUCACCAAUGUUAACAUUGACAUGUGUGCUAUCAUAGACAGGUGCUUACCAAAUCACUGUGAGCAUGGAGGAAGUUGCACACAAACCUGGGAUAGCUUUAAAUGCAAUUGUGAAGGCACAGGAUAUUCUGGGGCAACAUGUCAUAACUCAAUGUAUGAACAGUCCUGCGAGGCAUAUAAGCAUCUUGGCAAAACAUCGGAUUCUUACUGGAUAGAUCCUGAUGGCAGUGGUCCACUAGGACCAUUCAAAGUCUACUGCAAUAUGACAGAGGAUAAGGUCUGGACAACAUUAUACCAUGACAUGCCACAGCAAAGAACAAUUUCAGGAUCUACUCCAGAGAAACCUGUUGUUGUGAAGUUGAACUAUAGCACCUCACUGAAUCAGAUCUCCGCUGUUACAAAAAGUGCAGAGUAUUGUGAACAAUAUGUGUCAUAUUCCUGCAGGAUGUCGCGACUGUUGAACACUCCAGCUGGAAAUCCAUAUACUUGGUGGAUAGGAAGAGGAAAUGAUAAGCAUUAUUAUUGGGGAGGUUCUGGCCCUGGAAUACAGAAGUGUGCAUGUGGGAUUGAGCGAAAUUGCACCAAUCCAAAGUAUUACUGCAACUGUGAUGCUGAUGCCAAACAGUGGAGGAAAGAUACUGGCCUUCUUGCCUAUAAAAGUCAUCUGCCUGUAAGCCAGGUAUUGGUUGGAGACACGAGCCGUUCAGGAUCUGAAGCAAGACUUGCAGUUGGUCCGUUGCGGUGCCAAGGAGACAGAAACUAUUGGAAUGCUGCCUCAUUCAAUACACCUUCAUCCUAUCUGCACUUCUCAACUUUCCAUGGAGAGACCAGUGCUGACAUCUCAUUUUACUUCAAGACCUCAGUUCCUUAUGGAGUAUUUCUUGAAAACUUGGGCAACACAGACUUUAUCAGGCUUGAGCUGAAAUCACCUACCGAGGUAAUGUUUUCAUUUGACGUGGGUAAUGGCCCAGAGGAACUUACAGUGAGAUCUCCAAACCCUUUGAAUGAUGACCAAUGGCAUCGAGUAAUCGCUGAACGCAAUGUCAAGGAAGCAAGCCUUCAAGUGGACCUAUUGCGUAGGGAUUUCAGGAAGGCACCAAGUCAGGGUCAUACCAGACUGGAACUCUACAGUCAGCUCUAUGUGGGAGCUGCUGGAGGUCAACGAGGUUAUCUUGGUUGUAUCCGGUCUUUAAGAAUGAAUGGUGUCACUCUCGACCUCGAGGAGAGAGCAAAAAUUACUCCAGGAGUGAAACCUGGCUGCUCAGGCCAUUGUACCAGUUAUGGCAUGUAUUGUCGAAAUGGUGGCAAGUGUGUGGAGAAGUACAAUGGCUACUCGUGUGACUGCAUUCAUACUGCAUAUGAUGGUCCCUUCUGCACAAAAGAUGUCGGUGGGUUUUUUGAGGCUGGGACCUGGAUACGCUACAACUUCCUGUCUCCUAUUGACAUUCCUAAGGACUUCAAGAGUGCACCACAGCCAGCAAACCCCAACCUUACCUUGACCAAAGAGGAUCUGGUUUUCAGUUUCAGCACGACAAACACGCCCAGUAUUCUCCUGUAUAUUAGCACCUACUCCCCGGAUUAUAUGGCCGUGAUUCUGAAACACAAUGGAAGCCUUCAGAUUCGGUACAACUUAGGAGGCACAAAAGAGCCUUUCAGAAUUGACCUGAACCAUCGAAAUCUAGCUAAUGGACAACCACAUAGUGUCAACAUCAGUAGACAUGGGAAGGAACUACAUCUCCAGCUGGACCAUUAUCCUGCAGUACCUUACAGCCUGCCACCAUCUACAGAUAUCAAGUUUAACUCUCUGAAGACACUGUUCCUGGGGAGAGUUGUCGGUGGUGAAAUAAAAGAUGAUGUUUGGGUUACAAAAGAAGCUAAAGUAAAGAAAACUUGA